AUGUUGCCGACAGGACCUUGGGUGGAUGUAGCUGUUGGUUUCCUAGGACCACUUCCGACAGGAGAAUCUAUACUUGUGGUAGUUGAUUAUUAUAGCAGAUACUACGAGUAUGCAAUCAUGAAAUCAACCACUGAAGAGAAGACAGUCAAAGCCCUGGCUGAAAUCUUUGGCAGACAUGGGUUACCUGUGACGUUAUACUCAGACAAUGGACCCCAGUUCAUCUCAGAAGUUUUCGCAGAGUACAUGAACAUUACAGGAAUUCACCACCAUCGGGUGACUCCUAAAUGGCCGCAAGCCAACGGCGAGGUCGAAAGACAGAACCAGAGUAUAGUGAAAAGGCUUCGAAUUGCACAGGCAGAAGGCAAGGAUUGGAGAGAGGCUUUGCUGACUUAA